AUGUCUCUUUCUUUGUCUCUUUCAGAUUCCCAGAAAGAAGAAGCUUUAUAUCUUGACAUUGUUGAAUUAAGUUUAAAUUAUUUUUGUACUACACUAUAUUUGAGAAAUGCAUUAGUAUGUGUUUUAGUACUUGCACCAGUUACUAGUCAACAAUAUAAUGAAAUAUUAUCACCAGAGGCUUUAGAGUUUGUAGCAAAACUUCAUAGAGCUUUUAACCCUACAAGAAAAACUUUACUUCAACGACGUAUUCUUAAACAACAAGAAUUGGAUCGUGAUUCCAAUGCUCCAACUUGGACCAAUAAUAUUGAUGGUCAAGUAAAUUUACGUGAUGCAAUUCGAAAAACAAUCACAUAUGUUAAUCCUGGUAAUAAUAAGAAAUACGAAUUAAGAAAAGAUGGAAAUAUUGCAACAUUAAUUGUUCGUCCUCGUGGUUGGCAUUUAGAUGAAAAACAUGUCUUGAUUGACAAUGAACCACUAUCGGCAUCAAUCUUUGAUUUUGGUUUAUAUUUUUUCCAUAAUGCUAAAAAAUCUAUUGAAGCAGGUAUUGGACCCUAUUUCUAUUUGCCUAAAAUGGAAUCACACUUGGAAGCAAGACUUUGGAAUGAUAUAUUUAAUGUUGCACAAGAUCUUCUUGGUAUUCCUCGAGGAACAAUUCGUGCCACUGUAUUGAUUGAAACAAUUCUUGCAGCCUUUGAAAUGGAUGAAAUAAUUUAUGAAUUAAAAGAACAUUCUGCCGGACUUAAUUGUGGUCGAUGGGAUUACAUUUUCUCUAUGAUCAAAAAAUUCAGAAACAAUCCCAACUUUGUUUUACCAAGUCGCUCAGAUGUCACAAUGACAGUUCCAUUCAUGGAUUCAUAUGUACGUCUAUUGAUCAAGACAUGUCACCGUAGAGGUGUACAUGCAAUGGGUGGUAUGGCAGCACAAAUCCCCAUCAAAAAUGACCCAGCAGCCAAUCAGAUUGCCAUGAACAAAGUCAGAGCUGAUAAACUUCGUGAAGUAAAGGCAGGACAUGAUGGGACUUGGGUUGCACAUCCUGACCUUGUUAAACUUGCAUUAGAUGUGUUUAAUGAACAUUUGAAAACACCAAAUCAAAUUUUUAUUAGGCGUGAAGAUGUCAAUGUUAAUGCAUUGAAUUUACUUAACACAAAUUUCCCUGGUUCAAUCACUGAAGCAAGUAUUCGCAACAACAUCUCAGUUGGUCUUAUCUAUAUUGAAUCAUGGCUUCGUGGCUUGGGUUGUGUACCUAUUCAUAAUCUUAUGGAGGAUGCUGCAACUGCUGAAAUUUCAAGAUCUCAGUUAUGGCAAUGGGCUAAACAUCGUGCUAGAACUAUUGAGGGUAAAGUUAUCACAGGUGAAUAUUUACUUAAAUUGCUUGAUGAAGAAGUUACAAAUUUGGAAAGACAGAUUGGUCCUCAGAAAUUUGGUAGUACAAAAUAUAUUUUGGCAAAACGAUAUUUGGCAAGUCAGAUCGCUGGUAAAGAUUAUUCAGAUUUUAUCACUACUUUGUUAUAUGAUGAAAUCACAACUGUAAAUAAUAAUAUUAAAGCUAAACUUUAA